CCCAAAACUUACCCGUUCGUUAUCGGCUACUCCCAAUAGACUAAUCAGCCAGUAUUGGGGCUCGAUCUCUCCAUUCAUCUUCUCUCCCGAGUCGCUCGGACGUAUCGGAACUGUAGCUUCUCACCCCAGCAUAAGCUCCCGUGGUUUCAAAUGUUUCAAGACUCGCGGUCAUGAUCUCUCGAUGGCUUUUGCUAGUGAGCUGCCUGUUACUGGCGCUCGUUGCGCAGUCUGGUGCUGCAAAGUCAAGUUCACCCAAAAUUGCAGCGACCAAGAUUGAUCAUAAUCCGAAUUCUCUCUUCUACUUCGAAGAUACGGAUACUAUUCUUAUGACCACGGCUAACCACGAUCUACUUCGGUCAGUCGACGCAGGCGAAAGCUGGACAGUUGUUGAGGGCGACGAUGGUGACAUGAAACGUCAUGUCCUUUUAACCAGACAGCACCCGUAUGACAAUAAAAAAGCAUACGCCUUGGGACCCAACGGCCGUCAUUGGGUUACAACGGAUCAGGCGGAAACGUGGACCUCAUUCGAAAUUCCUGGGUUACCGGCAAUAAGACAUUACCCCCUUGUAUUCCAUGGCUGGGACUCCAGCAAAGUCAUAUUCCAGGCCGAGGAAUGCGCAGGUCGGUAUUGCAUUGUGAGGUCAUACUACACGACGGAUGAUUUUGCAACGGUUAAACCGCUACGUGAGAGCACGGGUGGGUGUGCCUGGGCGGUGGGCCAUCCGCAGUUUGCUGAAGAUCUGAACAUGGCCGAGGAGAUCAAGGACCGCUCGCUCUGUGUCGUUCCGGGCCUGAAGGUACCGCUUCCGCACGCCAACCGCCUCGUAUAUUCCGAUGACUACUUCAGGAGCAAUGUUGAAGGCGAGGAGGUCAAACUUCAGGAAGGACGGCCUGUGUCAGGCGUCAUUAGCACCGCCGCAGUCAAGAAAUUCAUCGUGGCCGCGGCUAAGUCUAAAGGAACCGAGGAACUCGCGCUAUACGUGACAGUCGAUGCUAAAACUUGGCACCGUGCAGAGUUCGAUGGUCAUCGAAUAGAGGAGGAAGCGUACACAAUGCUAGAGAGUACUAAUUACAGCCUUCAGGUGGAUGUUUUGACCAGUCCAAGAAGUGGCAUGGGUGUGCUCUUUACAUCCAAUUCGAAUGGCACUUAUUUUACCCGAAAUAUCGAACAUACUAACCGUAAUUCGGAAGGCAUGGUUGACUUCGAAAAGAUUGCUGGUAUCCAGGGGAUUGUAUUGGUCAAUACCGUACAGAAUUCAAAAGAAGUCAAGUCUGGUUCGAGCAAAAAGAAGGUUAUAAGCAGAAUCAGUUUUGACGACGGAAGGACCUUUCAGCCCCUAAAGUCGGAUGGGGAAGACCUGCAUCUUCACUCAGUGACUACGCUCGCGAACAUAGGGCGGGUGUUCUCAAGCCCAGCACCGGGGCUAGUGAUGGGAGUCGGCAAUACAGGCAAUCAUCUCAAAGAUUACGCCGAAUGCAGUCUCUAUAUCUCAGAUGAUGCGGGGGUGACUUGGCGCCGUGCUCUCAAGCAUCCCCACAAAUACGAAUUUGGGGAUCAGGGUGCCGUUGUCCUGGCGGUUCGCGACGAGGCUAAAGUGGACAGGAUAAAUUACUCUCUCGAUCAUGGUAAGGAAUGGACAUCAGUCGAGCUUCCAGACAAGAUUUACCCUACGAUGGUUACGACCACCCCCGAUUCCACCAGUUUGAAAUUCGUCAUUGUUGGCUCCUUGAGAGAAGGCCGAGAAGGCGAACAUGUUAUUUAUUCGAUCGACUUCGGUGGUCUCCAUGAGAGGAAAUGUGGCGAAGAUGAUUUUGAGAAAUGGCCAGCUCGGCUGGACGAAGACGGUAAACCCGAUUGCUUGAUGGGCCAUAAACAGUUCUACAGGCGCCGAAAGGCCAAUGCAGACUGUUUUGUGGAUGAGGAAUUCAAGGACCCCGAGCCAAUCUUUGAAGCAUGCAAGUGCACAACGCAGGACUUCGAGUGCGAAUAUAAGCGCACUGAAGAUGGUAAAGGAUGUGUCAUGCCUUGGCCUUUAACACCCCCGGAAGGCAAGUGCAAAGACACUGAUGAUAAGUUCAUGGGCCCGUCGGGUUGGAGGCUUAUUCCGGGAAAUGCUUGCACCCGAGAUGGUGGCGAAAAUUUAGACAAGGAUAUCGAAAGAUCUUGCAAGGACGCAAGUAGUGCGCCAACGGACGGCAAGAUAGCCGUGACUUCACAGAAAUUCGAGGCCAAGGUCCGCCAGUAUUUUUAUUUAGAACGCCAGUCUAGCAGCUCCGGUAGUGACGAGACUAUUGUAGCUCUCACCAGUGAGCACGAAGUCUAUGUGACGCAUGAUCAUGGCAAAACAUGGGAAUCGCCGCUGAAAGGAGAAAAGAUCAGUAGCAUCUAUCUCCAUCCUUAUAGCAGUGAUGUGGCCUUCCUUCUCACCGAUAGCAAGAAGGGUUUUUGGACUGACGACCGUGGUCAUACUUUUAAACCCUUCGAAGCGCCGGCGCCACCGACUCGAGAUAACCUUCAAGUCCUUGCGUUCCAUCCAGAAUACAAGGACCGGUUGAUCUGGACUGGGGCUGUGGGUUGCCAUUCCGGUGACUGUCAUUCUGAUGCUUUCAUUAAAAAGGGGCGUGGCAAGAACUGGGAACAUCUGCUUAGUGAUGUACAGAAAUGCGAGUUUGAGAGUAGGGAGAGCCGACCGAACAGCACCGAUCUCAUCUACUGCGAACAGUUUGAAAAAGGCAAAAGAAGUCGACUGCGGUUACUGUCAAGCGAUGAGUAUUUCAACACCAACGAGGUCCGAUUCGACAGUGUCAUCAAUUAUGCUACAAUGUCAGAAUUCAUCAUUGUAGCAUCACGGCAUCCAGAAAAGGAGGAUUCAUUGAUGGCUAGUAUAAGCAUCGAUGGCAGGACUUUUGCGCAAGCGCAGUUCCCACCAAACGUUCAAGUGCCCGUUCAGACCGCCUAUACCGUGCUCGAAAGCUCUACGCAUGCCGUUUUUCUGCACGUUACGGCGAACAGCGUAGAAGGGGCCGAGUAUGGCCCUAUCAUCAAGAGCAACAGCAACGGAACAUCUUACGUACUGAGCAUCAAUGCAGUCAACCGAAAUAGCUUAGGUUAUGUUGAUUUCGAGAAGAUGCAGGGCUUGGAAGGGGUGGCUGUUGCAAAUGUCGUCAGUAACGUGGCUGAAGUCUCGAAGAAAGCGCCGAAGAAGCUCAAAACCAUGAUUACUCAUAAUGAUGGAGCGCAAUGGAUGUUACUCCCUCCUCCGGCAAAGGAUGCUGAUGGGAAGAACUUUGGCUGCACCGUUGUAUCAGGGAAAGGGACAGACGACUGCUCGCUCCACCUUCAUGGCUAUACGGAGCGCAAAGACGAGCGGGACACUUUCGCUUCUGGAUCUGCGAUUGGCUUGAUGAUGGCUGUAGGUAAUGUCGGUGACCAUCUAGCCGGUGGAGACAAGGCGGAUACGUUUAUCACAAAGGAUGGCGGGAUUAGCUGGAAGUCCGUCAAGAAGGGUAAAUAUAUGUGGGAAUAUGGCGACUCGGGCUCGGUCAUUGUCAUAGUGCCCGAAUCUCAGCCUACCAAAACUCUCCACUACAGCCUCGAUGAGGGUGAUACCUGGGUAGACUUCCAGUUCUCGGAUGACGAGGUGCGCAUCACUGACAUCUCAACGGUGCCAUCUGAUACUUCGAAAAACUUCCUUCUCUGGGCUAUAGCGCCGAAUUCUGAAGUUCGAGAUAGGCUCACCACGUUCAAUAUCGACUUUAGUGGUAUCCGCGCGCGGCCGUGUCUGUUAGACGAAAGCCAGGGCGAGAGUGAUGACUAUUAUCUAUGGGAGCCAAAGCACCCUUUCCAAAAGGAAAACUGCCUAUUUGGCCACGUCGAGCAAUAUCACCGCAAAAACCCGUUAGCUCAAUGUUGGAACAGUUGGCGAGAACCCCAUGUUCAUAGUAUUGGAAUGAACUGUACCUGCACGAGAGCUGAUUAUGAAUGCGAUUACAACUAUGAACCUCAGAGCGACGGUAGUUGUUCUCUCGUUCCCGGACUUCCUAGGCCGGAUGCUAUGGAUAUUUGUAAAAAGGAUCCUGAUACAAUUGAAUACUGGGAGCCAACCGGAUACCGCCGCAUUCCCCAAACAACAUGUCAGGGCGGUCAGAACCUAGACCAUUUCGUCUCCAAACCCUGUCCCAACAAGGAGGAGGAAUACAGGCAAAAGCACGGCAUCAGUGGGGUUGGCCUGUUCUUUGCAAUUGUGACCCCACUUACUGUGGCAGGCGCUGUCGGUUACUAUGUCUACAGCAGGUGGGAUGGCAAAUUUGGCCAAAUUCGCCUUGGCGAAGAUACUGGCACCUCACAAAGCUUACUGUCACGAGAUUCAUUGUUGGUCACAGUGCCAAUUGCGAUAGUCGCUGGUAUCGUUGCCGUUGCCAGAGCUUUCCCGCUUUUGGCUACGAGUUUGUGGCGGAGCGCCAGUGGAUACGUUCGACUUGGAAGGAGUAGGGGUUAUUCGAGACCCUACGCGUCUCGCGGUUCGUUCGCAGCGCGCCGAGGCGAUUACACCAGCAUUGUCGAGGAUGAGGAUGAGCUUCUCGGCGUGGAAGACGCCGAAGCCGAUGAAGACGACGAACUCUAGUUGUCUCAUUUACAUUCUGUUGCUUUCGGAUCGUAUCGUAUGAUUUAUGUUAUAUUAUGGAAGUACUAUGUCUUGUAUACUGUGUUAUGAAUUUAUAGGGCGAGGCUAUGCAGUUUCAUCACAAGAGACAUAACUAAAGCAGGUUUCCUCCUCUCCUUUGAUGUUAUCCUACCUAGAGAGAUGGCGAGACGAC